CAUAGGGCAGAGUUCUCCAUCGAUAUGGUCAUGUCAGAAAUGGCUACAUCCAGUUCAAGUGCUUGCCGAUCUUGUGAUGCCGAUUUAUUGCAUCCCGAACUCAUGACGUCUCAGACAAUACUGGAUCUGCUGAAAGCAAAAUAUGUGAAACAUCCCCGCCUAGAAGAGCUGGACAAGCCGUCCCUUGUGGAGCUGUAUCACAACACAAUACUUCCACUCCCACAGCGAGAGUACAAGAAAAGCCGCCUUGGAGAGUGUCUCAGCAAAAAAGCAGCACUUUUUGAAACACGAAAAAGGAAAUCAGAAGCUGAUAGCAAUACCAUAGCAAAACAAGCUGCUAAAAGAAGCAAGUCUUCAGAUGCAAUGCCACCAUCGCGGUUAAAACCACCACCCACAAAAGUUAAUCCUGGCAAAACAAGAACUGUGCUGUGUCACAAUUCUGGCUGUGAGUCAGACGACAAGGAGCCACUGCAGAACUCGCAAGAAACUGCAAAGCCAAGAAAAUCUAAAAGUAGUGAAUCAGAAAGCACAGUGUCUCCGAGUAAGAAAAAGCACAGACCUAUCACAUGGCCUUAGUGGUUGAUACUUGUGUGCGAAACCUAAGGGCAAACUUUGUGAGCUCAGGAGUGAAGAAGGUAUGACCUGUUAACUUCUCAGCUGUUACCAGAAGCAAGACUGGUUUGGUUGUGCAAUCCACAAGUGAUCUUGCUGUCUUGAUUGACUGCAAAUGCAUGGUAGGGAACACAAAAUAAACCUUGCAAUUUUUCA